CGUGCCUGCGUGCGCGCGUGCUUGCUCAGGGGCGCUCGUGGGCAGUUGCGGUUGCGGCCAUGGCUGGCGGAGGAGGGCGCCGCGGCGGCCGCGGGCGGCGGCGGGGCAAGUCGAACCCGAGCGGCGCGGAGGAGGGGAACUGCAACGGGCACCACCACGACGACCGCGGCGAUGCUGGCCUCCCUGGAGAAGGAGGCGGCGGCGGCGACAACGAAGUGUGCCGUAACGGGGUCGGUAACCACCAUGAUGGCGGCGGAGUCGGCGCGGACUGCUUCGGCGACGACCGCGGGCGCGCCGACCCGAGCAAGCCCGCCGAUCUGCGCCAAGCCAAGCCGCCCCUCGCCGCGAGCGACGACGAGCCCGAGGACCCCGCCGCGCUGCUACUGGAGGAGUUCGAGGCGCUCAGCAUCCACGUCCGCCGCGCCGAGCCCGUGCUCCCGCCGCGCCCCGGGUACGGCGCCGCGGGGACGCCGUGCGUCGUCAGGGCCAACCGCUUCCUCGCCCGCCUCGUCGACGAGGGCCUGCACCACUACGACGUGACCAUCUGGCCGGAGCCGACACCGAAGGGCGGGUACAGGGAGGUCAUGUCGAAGCUGGUGUCCGAGAACCAGCGCACCGAGCUCGGCGGCCGCUUCCCCGUGUACGACGGCCGCGACUCGCUCUUCACCGCGGGCGCGCUGCCGUUCGACAGCAAGGAGUUCGAGGUCACCCUCUCUGCUAGCGUCGAGAAAAGGCGGACGAGGGGCAGGAUGUACAAGGUGGUGAUCAAGCAUGCCGCAGCGAUCAGCCUGGUGCAGCUGAGGAUGCUCUUGGCGGGCUACCCCACGGACAUCCCCGCGCAGGCACUGCAGGUCCUCGACAUCGUGCUGAGCGACGUCGUCUUCAACGAACGCAAUGACAUGGAAUACAGCAUGGUUGGCGCACUGGGUGUUGAGGGAUGGAAGGGUCUCUAUCAGAGCAUCAGACCGAUGCAGAAUAGCUUGUCUGUGCUUGUAGACGUGUCCUCAUCAGUAUUCAUUCAACCCCUGCUACUAAUUGACUUUGUUGAGAAGAGACUGAAAAUAGAUGUAUCGAAUAGGAAAUUGACUAAACCUGAGUAUGCCAAGCUCUUGAAGGCUGUCAGGAGUGUGAGGAUUGAAGUCACACACCGAGGAGAUGAACGCCGUAAGCACAGAAUUUCUGGCUUGUCAGUGAAACCUACUAAAGAAUUGAGUUUUAAAUCACCGACUGGAGCUACAAAGACUGUCAUUGGUUACUUCAAAGAAAGAUACAAUCUGGAACUGAAGUUCAAUUAUCUCCCAUGCCUCAAUGUUGGCAGUGAGCAGAAGCCAGUCUAUCUUCCUAUAGAGGUUUGUAAGAUAGUUCCCAGACAGCGUUACCAGAAGAAGCUGGAUGGCAGUCAGGUUUCUAUUCUAAGGGAAUCAACCUGUCAGUUCCAGCCAGAACCCAAGAAAUCCAUUCCUCAGGUUGCGGAGCGCAAGCAGUACAACAGCACCAAACGUGCUAAUGAAUUUGCCAUAGCUGUUGAUGACAAUCUUACUAUAGUUAAUGCUAGAGUUCUGCUGCCUCCAAAUCUGAAGUACCAUGAUUCUGGAUCUCAGAAAACAUGGUUUCCAACGAAUGGGAUCUGGAACAUGAAAGACAAGAAAGUAGUAAAUGGUGCCAAGAUCAGCAACUGGGCAUGUGUAAACUUCUGUGAAGAUUUAUCCAAGAAUGUUGUUGAGCAGUUUUGCUUUAAGCUGGCUGAAAUGUCUCGUAUUAUUGGAGUGGACUUAGCUGAUUUGAAGCUCCCAAUAUUCACUGCGCGUCCAGAUCAAGUUGAAGAUGAUAUCCGUACAUGCUAUCAGAAGGUGCAGAACAAGCUGAGGGAUCAGAAGAUUGACCUGCUGCUUGCUAUACUGCCAGAUGAAAAUGGCAGCUUAUAUGGAAAUGUUAAAAGGAUCUGUGAGACAGAUAUUGGUCUCUUGUCACAGUGUUGUCGAAGGUCAAACGUCUUCACGAAAAGUAACCAGAUAUUGGCAAACAUUGCUAUUAAGAUCAAUGCCAAGGCCGGAGGAAGGAACUCAGUAUUCAAUGAUGCACAGAAGAGUUUGCCAGUUGUUUCAAACAAGCCAACGAUUAUAUUUGGUGCUCAUGUUACUCAUCCUUCCACUGUAGAUGAUUCUGCUCCUUCCAUUGCUUCUGUCGUUGCGUCCCAAGACUGGCAUGAGGUGGCCAAGUAUAAUGGUGUUGUUCGCUCACAAGGUCGUGAAGAUAUCAUCAGUGGCCUUGAAGACAUUGUCAAGGAGCUCCUUCGUGCAUUUGGAAAGGAGUCCAACAAGAAGCCCCAGCAGUUGAUAUUCUACAGGGAUGGCAUAUGUGAGAGCCAGUCCAAACAGGUUUUGGAAAAAGAAAUCCCAGAGAUAGAAAAGGCUUGGAAAGCGCUGUAUGAUAAUGAGAAGCCACAAGUCACCUUCAUUGUAGUGCAGAAGAGGCAUAGCCUAAGGCUGUUCCCCAACGACAACAAAUAUAAGCACCAUGUUGCUAAGAAGAAAAGUGUUGAGCCUGGUACAGUGGUUGAUAGUGAGAUCUGUCACCCAGCAGAGUUUGAUUUCUUCCUUUGCAGCCAUCUUGAGACCAAAGGGCCAAGCCGUCCUGUGCAGUACCUUGUGCUGCGAGAUGACAACAACUUCACAGCAGAUGAACUGCAGGCUCUGACGAAUAACCUGUGCUACACUUAUGCAAGCUGCACUCAGUCAGUGUCGAUCGCUCCUCCUGCUUACUACGCCCACAAGCUCGCGCAACGCGCCCACUUGUACCUCGCUCAAGGUUCCGGCGCGGCGACGGCGGCGAGCUCCUCCAGUAGCGCAGCUGCUACAGCCGGUGGUCCAAAGCAACUUCCAGAGAUAAAAGAUGAGCUGAAGAGGUCCAUGUUCUACUGCUAGUCCUCCGCCUCCUGAAUGGACGACGCUUUGCUGAAAGCACUGAGUGUAGUCCGAGUGAGAUCUGGAGACUGACUGACAUCUGCAGUAGCUCUGCUCUGUUGCUCUUUUUCAGUAGACUCGAAAUGGAUGGAUGUUUUUGUUUGAGAGUUUAUUACGCGAACAGUCUGGUGUUUCCAGUGACCAGGAUGUAUGUUUGUGGAAGUCUUUUGUUGGAUUAGCGU